ACUGCUUAGUAAAUAAAAGAAAAAUUUAAGGAUCUCAUCUAAAGAUGAACAUUUCAAAUAUUAAGGAAAAUUUGAGUUAUAUUUCCUACUGUGGGAUCACUCUAAGUCCACAAGAAGCGUCUAUGAUCGAAAAUUCUCUGGUCAUUUUGAAGAGCAACAACAAAUUCACCGAAACGCAUUUGUGGGGACGGAUAAACGGAGUGAAAAAUGAUUACUACAUUGCGUUCGGAUACCACAAGAAUUGUUUCAGGGGAUGUAAAUACUUCUAUAGCAUCAAUUGUCCUGGUGAAUGGAUACUGAUGCCAGAACCGGUUCCGGACAACAAUCGGUUGUGCUUGCUCAAUCAGAAUUUAUUUCAAGGAGAUGUUACUGCUGUUGAUGACGUUGUGAUGAUUCGAAAUUGCUCCGAUGACAUUCCCAAAGAGACAUUCAAAUUGAAAGAAGAAGACCGAUUGGCUUCUACAGUCCGCAUGAUAACGUCGGAAUGUGGCGUAGUACCACGAGGAGCACUAACUCUUCGUCCAGACGGUGUCAUCACAUUCAGUUCAUUCUUUCAAGGUUUGGAUCACAUGGAGGCGAAUGAUAUGGGUAAUUAUCAGCUAUUACGACAGCCGAAGGCAACAUGUGCCGAAAAUUUAAUCAAACGACCAGAUUACAAUUACUCAACCGAUACAUUCGAUACGAUCGAUUCGAUUCUGCCGGAAGGUAAAAGUUUUACUGUUAAUAUUGAUGGUGACAGUGGUUUGUGUGUGGUGAAAUCGCUGUAUUGGCCGGGAAUGGUGUUCUUCCACAAGCCGAUGACGAAUGCUCAUGGGUUCUGUUAUGUUGGAAAUGGUCUACGAAACCAUGAUUUGUUAUUCAUGUUGUGACUUCCAUGUAUGCAUUCUCUACCAUGUUGCGACAAAUAAACGACAAAAGGCCAGUUGUUGUGAAAAAUGUCAAGAAAUCAUUCCUGUCACCUUCAAGGA